AAAGGAAUGACUGUGGAAGAUGCCAAGCGGAUUUUGGACGAACAGAAGACAACAUAUCUUCAAAAGAUAAACACGGAAAUUCAAGAAUGUACUUCUGAAAUCAACGAUUUAAAGUUUGAAUGCGAAAAUAUGGAAAAAGAAAAUGAUAAACUUUCUAAAGAGCGUGACCGCUACGAGUCACAGGCUGUUCAAGCUGUAUCAAAGAUGAAUAAUCGAUCGUUACAAGAGACAUGUAGAUCGUAUCGCUCUUCUAUAAUACUUUAUUGCAAGUUAUUGGAUAUUGAACUUCCAGAUCCAAAAGAUCAGUUCAAAGAUUGA